UAUAUAAGAAAACUAAUUCAAAACCCCCAAAAAACAAAUAAUGUGAUUCCAUUCUAAAUUAACCAACCCAUACUAAGCUUAAACAUUUUACAUUCCAAAAUUUCAGUCUACAAAAUUCUCUCUCCUCCGCGGCUUAAGCAAAUCUUAAGCCUAACACUUAGCCCAAACACCAUGUGAAAACGAUGAAAUGAGGUGGUGAAACGGGCCCCACCACCUCAAACACCUCAACCCUCUUUACCCACUAACCAACAGCCACCCCCUUCCUCCGUCUUGGGCGGGCCGUCCGGUUUAUCCUUAACCCGCCCCACCCUCAUCCGGAUCCUCCUCCCUCCUUUUUCCUUCACCCCCCACCGCGUACAUUAUCCUCCACCCCUCUCUCAGAUCUACCAUUUUCUCUCUCCUCCGCUACCUCUUUCUCUCUCCUCAACAAUGGCCUCAUCUUCCUCUCCGCCGCCGUACCAACAACAAUCAUUUUCAGAUUACCCGGAACCUCCGAUGGGAAUCCCCCUCCUCUUACCCGCACCAGCCCAACCAGCUCAUACCUCUCGCCGCCUUCCUCCGCCGUGCUGGACUCCUGAUGAAACCGCCGGUCUAAUUGACGCUUACCGUGACAAAUGGUACUCUCUCCGCCGUGGGAACCUCCGCGCCGCUCACUGGCAAGAUGUUGCUGAUAACGUCCACCGCUUUUGCCCUCACGUUUCUCCCCCGAAAACCGCCGUUCAAUGUCGUCAUAAGAUGGAGAAGCUUCGGAAACGUUACCGCGCUGAGCUGAAUCGGGCUAAGUCUAUCCCUCACCAUAAGUUCGCCUCUUCCUGGGUUUACUUCUCGAAGAUGGAUUUCAUGGAAAAGGGCGAUUCCGCUCUUCCAGCUGGGGGGAGAGGCGGCGGCGGUGGUGGUGGUGGUGCUGGUGGCAGAGUAGGCGGUGGUGGUAAGGCUGCUUCAUCUAUUUCUCCUGUUGUUGUUGCUGAUGAGUUUAUGAAUGAUGGAUUUGGUGAUGAUGAUGAUGAUGAUAAUAAUAAUGAUAAUAACGAUUUAGAUGACGAUGAUGAGGAUUAUAACGGUGGAUCUUUCCGAAAGGAAGCGAAGGAAUUUCAGAGGAAUGGGUUGAGGAUUCGUAUCGCCGGGAAUUCUAGGAAGAAUUAUGGAGGAUUCGAUGAAAUCCCUAACCCUAAAUUUGGAUUAAAGUCAUCAACAUCCUCAAGGUACAAUGAAUUUGGGUCACCUCCACCUCAAUUUGACGAUGGAGUGAGGUAUUCAACGAGAUUUGCAAGGAAUGGGAGCAAUGGUGGGGUUGGAUCAUCAUCUGGGAUGGGGAAGGGAAAAGGGGUGAAUAUGAAUAUGAAUAUGAAUAUGAAUAUGAAUACGAUGAAGAAGAAGAGGAGUGCGUUGAACAGAGAUGGGGGAAGAAAAGAGAGAGGAGAUAAUGUAGCAAUGGCAAUGGUGGAAGCCAUAAGAGUAUUGGGAGAAGGGUAUGUGAGAACAGAGAUGACAAAGAUAGAGAUGAUGAGAGAAGCAGAGAAGUCAAGGAUGGAAACCGAGUUGAAGCGAACUCAGAUGGUUCUUGAGUAUCACCAAAACAUUGUUGAAACUUUUGUUAGAGGAUGGUCUAAUCACAAGAACAAUGAUAGUGAUGCCUAAUUUGGAGUAUGCUAAUUCUGAGUAUAUUCAAUCCGAUCCAAUCCAAUCCAAUCCAAACUCUGGUAAAAAUGGAGAGCUUUUUGUAUGCUUGAAUUGCUGUAUGUUUGGGAUUUUUGCAUUUUGUAGUAAGAAUGUGAGAUGCUAUCAAAGGGAACUUGUGUAGUUAUCGGGUUGUUAGUAUUUUGAUCGCGAAUUGCUGCAUUUGUGUAGAUUUGUACGGUUUAGUGUAGUGUGUAGCUUUUAAUCUGUAACCAAAAUUGUGUAAUGAUUUAGUUCUACCUUAUGUUGGUUCUUUCAA